CCGCCCGCUCCUCCCUGCAAGGUGGAGUCUGGGGUUGACGUGAGGUACAGGGGCUGGAGAAUAAAGAGUGUGGAGUUGAACUCGUGCCAUUGUAGUGACUCAUCUCGGGCAGAGCGCUGGGGCUCCGAGCAAACCAGCGAGCAAGCGAACGGCGUUCGGCGGGGACAGAGAGAGGGAGUGAGAGAGGCGCGGACGGGCAACGCGGGCCCGUCCGGGAGCGGGCGCCGGGGAAGGGGUGCAGGUCCGGGCGCCGCAGCUGUGGCACGGGGAGCGGGGCCACGUCCCUCUCCGCGCCGGCUCAACUGGAACCCCACCGGCCGCGGGCCGGGCGCAGGCUGCCUUCUUCCAGUCAAGUGUCCGAACCGCUCGAAACUCCGGCGGCGAGUCGGCCACAGGAAGUUUAUUCUCAGCUCCUUUUCUAAAAGGAGGAAAUAGAAGUUUCUCCAAGCGGGCAGCCUUUCUUUUCGCCUUUUUUUGCCCUGUCUGAAAUCGGGGGUCCCCAGACGUGGCAGGCUUGACUCGCCGGGCUCCUAUUCUGUUUUACUUUCCAAUUUUUGAUUGAGCCGGCGGUCCGGCCUGAGCUCCGGUUGCGCGCGGGGGCGGGAGGGCGCGCGCAGGGGAGGGACCGAGGGACGCGCGGACUUUUUAGUGGGAGGGACCGGGUGGACAGCCGGACCCGCAGCGCUCAUAGAGCAGGAAAGAAGUGCAGCGCUCGGCGCUCGGGGGUCACUGUUCCCGGGGUGUCGCCGCCGAGGGGGAGAAGCCCGGGAGCGAAGACUAGAGCCCGAGGCGCGGCCCGCAGGGAGCCAGCGCUCAGCAGCCGGUGCGCGGCCUCGGCGAGGGCGGGGGAAGAAAAACACCCUGUUUCCUCUCGGGCCCCCACCGCGGAUCAUGUACCAAGAUUAUCCCGGGAACUUUGAUACCUCAUCCCGGGGCAGCAGCGGCUCUCCUGCGCACGCCGAGUCCUACUCCAGUGGCGGCGGCGGCCAGCAGGAGUCUUCCUGGGACAGCAGUCACCAAGACAAGGCACACCAAAAGCAGGCGCCUUUGCCACCUCUACCUUAGAUGUCCCCACUCUGUUAUACAGGAAUAAAGACCAAGCCACUGCUGCAAGGAACCUGGCUGAUGGCUGGGCACGGCCUUCUGUAGACCUGCCAUCACAGAAAAUUCCGGGUAGAUAUGCCUGGCUCAGGCAGCGCCUUCAUCCCCACCAUCAACGCCAUCACGACCAGCCAGGACCUGCAGUGGAUGGUGCAGCCCACGGUGAUCACCUCCAUGUCCAACCCGUACCCCCGUUCGCACCCCUAUAGCCCCCUGCCGGGCCUGGCCUCUGUUCCCGGGCACAUGGCCCUCCCAAGACCCGGCGUGAUCAAGACCAUUGGCACCACCGUGGGCCGCAGGAGGAGAGAUGAGCAGCUGUCCCCUGAAGAGGAGGAGAAGCGUCGAAUCCGGAGGGAGAGGAACAAGCUGGCCGCGGCCAAGUGCCGGAACCGCCGCCGGGAGCUGACAGAGAAGCUGCAGGCGGAGACGGAGGAGCUGGAGGAGGAGAAGUCAGGCCUGCAGAAGGAGAUCGCCGAGCUGCAGAAGGAGAAGGAGAAGCUGGAGUUCAUGCUGGUGGCCCACGGGCCUGUGUGCAAGAUCAGCCCCGAGGAGCGCCGGUCACCCCCGGCCUCCGGGCUGCAGGCCCUGCGCAGUGGGGGCAGUGGAGGGGUAGGCGCCGUGGUGGUGAAGCAGGAGCCCCUGGAAGAGGACAGCCCCUCGUCCUCAUCGGCGGGGCUGGACAAGGCGCAGCGCUCCGUGAUCAAGCCCAUCAGCAUCGCUGGGGGCUUCUACGGGGAGGAGCCCCUGCACACCCCCAUAGUGGUGACCUCCACUCCUGCCAUCACUCCAGGCACCUCGAACCUCGUCUUCACCUACCCCAGCGUCCUGGAGCAGGAGUCUCCAGCGUCGCCCUCUGAGUCCUGCUCCAAGGCUCACCGCAGAAGCAGUAGCAGUGGGGACCAGUCAUCAGACUCCUUGAACUCCCCGACUCUGCUGGCUCUGUAACCCAGCUCCCAGGGGGGUCCUCAUCACUGCCUCCUUCCCAGGGACCAGCACCUUUCAGCACUCCAGGGCCAUGAGGGUAAGAAGGGGACCCUGCCAGAGAGCUUCCUGGUUCUGGGGAGACCCAGGUGGGAUUUGGCGGUGAGGCGUUGGAGGACUUGGAUGAUCUCUUAGAAGUCACGGGACCUCCUCCCUUGUUCAUCUUGCAAAGCAAAUCCUGUUUCUUGAAAAACGUUGGAGAACUUGGUUUGGUGGACCCGGGCAUCUCUCUGGCUUCUGAAGAGCCUGAAGCUGGUGUGGACCGUUCCCGUCCCUUUGUCACGAUAUGUCUCUGGAGUGAUGGUGUCUUUCUCUGCCCCACCAAGCAUGCUCAGUGCCUUUUGGUUUCACCUUCCCACUAUUUGCCCCUUCCUUCCCCCAGUGUCAAUUUCACUUCCUCUUGGUUUUUAUCAAAUUUGCCAUGACAUUUCAUCUGGGUGGUCUGAAUAUUAAAGCUCUUCAUUUCUGGAGAUGGGGCAGCAGGUGACUCUUCUGCUGGGGCUGACUUGUCCAGAAGGGGACAGUCAAUGUGCAAUACAGAACCUUUCCUCCCCUGACACUCCCGGUCCACCACCAUCUCCAGAACCACCAGCAGGGCUCCCUGAGCUCUCAAGGAGAUGCCGCCAUCGCUGGGAGGCUUGGAAGACCCUUCCUCCCCAUCCUCGGAGACGGCUUUUGGAGGAGCGGCUUGGCCAAAAGACAGGGUGUGAGUGAGACAGCCGGGGCACAGAUUGGGUUUGCCAAAUGCCUAAUUACCGGGCCAGGAAUAGUGCCAACAAGCCACAUGGGUGUCUUGAGUAGGACGUCUCCUGUAAUUACUGCCUCGCCAUUCUGCCCCGGACCCUUCUCUCCAGACCAGGGAGGCAUCUCUCCCUAGGAGCCACAAAUCACUCCAAGUCCCUGCUGGCUCUGCCCUCCCCCACCCUGUCUCUCAGGGUGAUGCCACCCACAGAGGUUUAAUGAGCGUGGGCCUGGCCCCUCCCCAAGCCUCAAAAGCGCCUCUGCUGUGGACAGAAAUGCAGGGGGAGGAAGGAGGGAGGCAGUCGGAGUCGGGUUCGCCUUGCAGCAGCCCCAGCACCUGCUUCUCACCUCUCACCCAGGUGCCUGUUCAACCCCCUGUGGUCAUCUGCUACCUAAUGGAUCUAGCGCUUUUUCUUUUACACUCCCCUGCCCCCUCACCCCAGUGUGCUCCUCAGAUCCAUCAGCCAGUUGUGAACAGCUGGCCCAGAGCUGUCACUGUGGCUUGCAGCGUACAUGCCAUUCUUGGGGGCUGCUGAAAUCAGAGAUGAGAUGUGUUGCUUCCCGCUGCAAGCUAGCUGCUCCCUUCCCAUGGGGUGGGGGGCAGGGAAGGAGUCCUCCAGCCUCGCCAAGAGCACAACUCAGCAGAGCUCAGCGUGGUCCCCACCUCCCACCCCUCAAAGCCUUUUUCUCCCCAGGGCUGAUCUUCCAGAAUGAGCUUCUGCUGGGCUAGUGCUCUGAGGGAGAUCCCGCUAUUGUGGUUCAGCUCUAGAGAUCAUUGUAUGAUAAUUUAAAACUAUAUAGAUAUUAUUUAAAUCAACCCAGUGGGGGUUAGAACUCAAAGUUGGACUCCGGGGAGAGGGAGAGAAAGAGAGCAAUGACAUGGUUCCCUGUUCCCUAUUCUCUUCACGUACCCAGGCCUGGCACACCGGCCGGUAUUUAAUGUCCAUUAUCCACUUGCCAUGCACUAGACACACAGAAUGGAACAGCCGAAUGCCUAAAAUACACAGACCGCUAUGACUGGGAGUGACGUGUGGAGAGAUAGGGCAUGAAGAGAGAGGAGAUUAAAAGAAAAAGUAUUUUGUCCCCAAAUGCUUUAAAAAUGUUAUUUUCCACAUUCCUUGGCUGUGACGCUGCCUUCUCAGUUCCCCAGAGGUUCUGGGAGCGGCGCUCCUAAUAAGAUUGGGCCACUGGGUUUCUCUGGCUUCAGAUUAAUCAAGGACGCAGAAGUCAGCAAGGAGUAGCAGGAGAUGGGCAAAGAGAACUGGGGUGUGCUCAGCUCUGAAAGGCUUAAUCAUCUCAAGUGGUAUUUGUGGCCAAUUGGGAGCUAUUUGCUUCUUUUUGCAUAUAUAUAUAUAUAUUUCUUAAAUGAAGCUGCUUUCUGGUGUUUUAUUUCUAAAAGUCCCUUUGUGCCCCACUUUGCACAGGCCCGAUCCCAAGGCAGGUCCCGGUAUGAGACUUGGGGCCGGGCUGUACAUGCCUGAGACAGUGUCUGGCUUUCGUUCUGAUUUCAAGCUGCGUUGGCUUUGGGACCAGCAGAAAGCAAAACCCCAGCCGCCCCUCAGGAUCUUGAGGCCUCCGAGCUGUGUUUCUAUUCAGGACCCUCUAGCUUUGUUCUGGGAGGUAGUCUGGCUUCCCCAAAGCCAGAGGCUAUUCGGAGAAGGCUGAAUAUUCACACCUAAGGCACUAGUGUAUCCUCAGUCACUUCCUCCUGGCUGUUCCCCAAGUUCACACCAGACCCAGGCCUGCCUCCUCCUCCUCCUCUUCCUUCCUUCCUUCCUUCCUUCCCCCUCCUCCUCCUCAGGGAGCAGCCGCAGGGGGGAGGCCUUUGUGCUUGGGCAGGGAACCCUGUGCUCCCCUUGUGUCCCCAGCCGUGAGGCAGCUGGUGUGGACUCCAGUUGGGCUGCAGGCAGCUCUGGGAUGGCAUAGGGCAGGCACCCCUUGACAGGCUGGUGUGAAACACACCGUCCCCUUGGCCACCUGGCUGGCCUCUCUGGGAACAGUCCUCUUCCUGGCUCGGUGGAUGGGCGCAGCUGCUGACACAGGAAAGAGAGGAGAUCCCAGGUGAAGUUUAGGCAAUUGCCAGAGCCAACUCAAAGCAGGGAGUUCACUGAGGAAGUUUUCAGAAAGAAAUCAUUGUUCUGCCCGUGAGACAGGCCAGGUGUCUUCACUGCGCCCAAUCACACAAGCAUCUCAACGCCAAGAACCAUCAGAGGCUACGGGUUCUCUUUCUCAGGCUUUGGGGAAAGGAGUCUCCUCUCUGCUCCCACAUGGCUCCAUUUUAAGGAUGAGCUCAACUUAUAGGCAUUGGGACUUUUCUCCCAUUUCCUUGAUGGACCACUAGUGCUUCUCGCAGUCUCUUCUUGUAACUUUCAGGUUGAUUUCCUCCUCUGAUGAGACAUCCACGUGGCCUCUUUAAGAAGGAAAAGAAUAACACCUACUAUGUGCCAGACGCUGUGUUAGGCACUUUUAUAUAUAUAUACCUUCCUUAGGAUGAGACUGAGCGAUGAGGACUUCCCUUAUUAAAAGCCCACAAGUAAUGAAUAAACAAAAACACUUGGAGGUGAGAAGGUCUUUCUCCAAAGAUCCAAGGCAAGAUUGCCUUCAGUCCGAGGUUUGUUCUCAAAGACCCACCCCCUACAAUAUCCUUCCACCUCUAAACUUGUUUUCCCUGUGAUGUGCUCCUUUGCACUUUUCAGAUGGUUGACCUGAGUUUUAUAGAAUUUGUGGACCAAUAGGAUAUGUGGUGUGUGUAACUUUCUUUUAAAAACUUAAGUAAAGGGGUCUUGCUAUUUUCUGCUUGUUGAGUCUUCUUGGCAUUCAUCUUAAAAGCCAGCAUCUCACUAUUUAUUGACAGGUCGUGUGUGUGUGUGUGUGUGUGUGUGUGUGUGUGUGUGUGUGUGUUCGUGUGUACAUUUCUAGGUGUGCCCAUGUCCUCCUGCACCUUUUAAAAAAGGAAACCCAGUCACCCCACUACCUAUUUGACAUCUUUUCGUGCUUCUAGUAUUUUGGUCAUACAUCAAAAAGGGUUUUAAUUUUUUAAUGCUGACAUGUUCAGGAGGAGCUGGGUCAAAUUUUGAGCGGGGCAUGGGAAGGGGAGGGGGAGAAGAAAUUGACAUUUAUUUUAUUAUUUAUUUUAAAUGUUUACAUCUUUGUGUUGUACCAAGCCUGAAUAGAAACAGAUAGCAUUAAAAUGCUCCGUUCCUCUCUCCCUCUCUUUCUUCUUUAUAAUUUUUCUAAAAAUUUAGGCUAAUGAUACUUUUUUUGUUUCUAAAAUGAUUUGUGAUUUGUGCUGUAUAAACUGUAUAAAAAAAGGUCUGUUUUUAAAGAUGGACUGUCAUUCCUCUAGGGACAGUGUUCACCAAGAAGUCUAUGUUGUAAGAGAACACAAGGAAAGAUCCUGCCCUGUUCCUCAAUUAUUUUCUCUGUAUGAUUAAAAGUUUAUUCCAUUUAUUUUAGUUUGUGGUUACUUGAUAUUGAGGAAGAAAAUCUUCGCCUUUGUAUAAAGAAUAGGUAUCAGGGUGUCUUUUCUGCAGUGAGAGAUGUAUAUAUAGUAUUUUGGAUAUAGUGGACAAUCAUAAGCUUUGUGCAUCUGUAUUUGAGGUAUGUCAAUGAUGUGGAGUAAAGACUGCUAUAAGAUCCUGGAGGCAAAAAAAAGUUGUACAAGAUUCCUACAGCUUGAUGGGGAAUUUAAUUAUCUUUCUGAGCACCUUGUUUUCUUUCUUUUUUUAAGUAUUGGUGAAAUGGUCCCAUUGGAAAGGCUUCUAAAUAGGCCUCUCCAGGCAGGGCUGUGAGCUCAAAAAUCUUUGUAUACUUUUGAAAAUUGAGGAGUAGCUCUGCUCUAAAGCAUCUCUGGUGGUGUUUUGUUGUUGUUGUUCUGUUUUGUUAUUUUACUGUAAUACAAGCCUACAGUAUUUGCACUAAAGAAAGCUUGUUAGAAAAAGCUUGCUGCUAUGGAAGAGAGAACAUAUUACAACUUUUUUUCCUUUUUUUUUUUUUUUUUUGGUUAGCUUCUCCACUUUCAAUUGAGUAGCAUUUUGUAGAAUAAAAUGAAUUAAGAUUGAA